AUGUCUUCCGCCGACGCUCAACUCGCUUUCCAGAAGCAAAGUAACAGGAUGCAGCCUACCGAAGUGCAAGAGAAGUUCUCUCAGCAAUUCGACCUGUCACGACCAGAAGUGGCCAUGAGCUCAUAUCAAAAGCUUCUUCACGACCACACCAGACAGCAGUAUGAGAUGGCAUCAUCGUCAUCACGAAGACGAUCAGCCGACUCCGAUGUACCAUCGUUAGCAUCUGAGUUGAGCGUCGAUUCGACUACCUCUUAG